CUCCUCCCAUCCACCCCAUCCAGCAACAAGCAUGCCCAACACCGCCCUCGCCACGUCGGGCAUCGGCAACCUCGGCACGCUGCUCAAGCGCCUCGAGGCCGCCACGAGCCGCCUCGAGGACAUGGCGCUGGCGCAGCAGGCCGCCGCGCAGAGCAGCAGCGCGCCGCCGCCGCUGCCGCCUGCCGCCGCCUCCGUCCCCACAGCGCCGCCUGCACCGCCUGCUCCGCCGGCGCCGCCUGCGCCGCCCGCAGCACCGCCAGCGCCCGCAGAGCUGCCGCCGCAGCUCGAGGCGUGGGACGAGAGUGUGCAGCCCAAGGUGGCCGAGUACGCGCAGCUGAGCAGCCGCAUCGGCGGCGUCGUGGCCGAGCAGGCAAAGCACAUCGUCGCCGCCUUUGCCGCCCAGCGCCAUCUCGUCGCCCUCGCCGCCGCGUCGCGCAAGCCCGCCGGCUCGUCGCCCGCCACGGGUCCGGGCCCCGAGUUUGUCAAGCUGCUCGCGCCGCUGCAGACGCCGCUGCUGGCCGCGGGAGAGCUGCGCGACAAGAACCGCUCGCAGAAGGACGCCUUCCCCCUGCUCUCGGCCGUCGCCGAGGGCGCGGGUGCGGCGGGCUGGGUCGCCGUGGAGCCCAAGCCGGCGCCCUACGUCACGUCGAUGAAGGAGUCGGCGCAGUUCUACACCAACCGCGUGCUCAAGGAGGCGCGCGACGCCGCCGACAAGACGCCGGCCAGCUGGGCGCGCGCCUACAUUGCCCUCCUCGACGCACUGGCCGCGUACGUCAAGGAGCACCACACGACGGGCCUGAGCUGGAAUCCUCGGGAACACCAGGAGGACCGAAGCGACCUCAUCGUCGAGCACACCGAGAUCAACCAGACGGUGACGCUGUUUGGCUGCCGCAACUGUGUCGUGCAGGUGCGCGGCAAGGUCAAUGCCGUGUCGAUGGUCUCCUGCCACAAGACGUCGCUGCUGCUCGACACGCUCGUCUCGGCCCUCGAAAUCACCGCCUCGCCCUCGUUUGCCGUGCAGAUCACGGGGCGCACGCCGACGAUACUGCUCGACUCGUGCGACUCGGGCCAGGUGUACCUGAGCGCCGCCGGGCUCGACGCCGACAUUGUGACGAGCAAGUGCAGCGCCAUCAACGUGUCGGUGCCGCGCGCCGACGCGGGCGCGCAAGAGGGCGAGAUGCGCGAAGUGGCGCUGCCCGAACAGCUGCGACACUCGCUCAAGGGAGGCAAGCUGAGCACGGACGUCGUGGCGCACACGGGCUAGCACCAACCCCGAGGGGUGCGCAGGCGCAAUGCAUAUCGUGUCGCUUCAAGAAGAGGAUGGAGGGUGACGCGUGGAAUACAGGAGUGGAAGGAAAGAAACGCUCGUCAAGGUGAUACAGGGUCAG